AUGUCUGAUGCUAAGGGUCCAACCCUUAAGCUCAAGUUCGGCAAAAAGCCCGCACCACCGCCGGCGGAGCCUGCGCCAGCCGAAGCCUCGCAGCCCAAGCUCACCCUGAAAAUCGGUCGCAAAUCCCAACCCCAGGCCGAAGCCUCCGAAGAGAAGCCCAAAAAGAAAAAGGCAUCGUCGAAGAAACGCCCCGCCGAGACUGCAGCACCGCCUGAACCCGCGGCGGCCCAGCUGGGUCCGAAGCGGCUCAAGCUGAACACAUCCAAGCUCAAGUCGAUCCGUAUCAAGAACAAGGCCCAUGUUCCCAACCGCCCGGUCGGUGUCGGCUACGACUCCGAAGCAUCAGAUACCGAAAUCGAUCCGUCUAUCGAAGAACAAUUUAUCUUACGUAUGCUACCGGGCGAAGACUGCGACUACCUACGACAGGCUAUCGAGGAGAGGAAAUUCGACAAGUCGGAGUUCUCCUUCAAGCCGCUCACUCGUGAUGGCCGACGCGCCAUCUUCAAGGUUCGGAACCAACAGUAUGCGGCCUGUUUAGUUGAUCUGCCCUGCAUCAUCGAGGGCAUGAAGAGUUGGGAUCGGCGGGGGUGGUACAAGUCAGCCGACAUCUGCCAAAUGCUCUUGAUUUUGGGGAAAGUCUCGAAUGACCAAGAAGCGCUGGAGUAUCCUAUUCCCCCCGAGCUCGAAGGUGCCGAUCCUAAGAUGCUACAAUACCCCCACGGGCUGGCACCACCGUUGCGAUGGGUCCGUAAGCGACGUUUCCGUGACCGUGUCAGCUCGCGCACUAUCGAACAAGUCGAAAGAGCCGUGGAAGAUCUGGUUGCACAGGAUGAACAAUCGCUUUUUCCGCCGAGAUUCGAUCUGGUGGACAGUACGUCCUUGAACCGCGCGGAAGGACUCGUGCAGGAAGACUACGAUGAAGACUACGAUGAAGACCAAGAUGCCGAGGGCGAGGCAGAUGAGAUGCUGGAUGACUUUGAGGAUGCCCUGGCGGCUGAGAUGGAAGCGGCGCUGGCUGCUGGAGACGAUGACGCAGCGGCCGCAGUUACAGAAGCAGGCCAGGCCGCGACCGCAUCCACGCCAGCGGCACGGACCGAAGGUGGAGGUGACUCUUCUGACGAGAGCGACAUGUCGGAUGAGGGCGCCGACGGCCCAGACGAUGAUCUUGACGAAGAGCAGCUGGAACAGCAGCGCCAGCUCCAACAGCACCGGGAAGAAAUCGCCGAACUCGAGGCUCUUAUUCGCACCGAAACCGCACAAUGGGAGAAAGUUCAAAAUCAUAUUCUACGCAACAAGAUGGGUCGCCGCAUUCAGGAGCUGAAAAAAGAUCUGGAGCUCAAAAAGGUGUCCAUCGGGAUGCCGGGCGACAACGAUGUUUGA